GAAAAAAAAUGAUUAGAUGGUGUAACACAGUCCUGCAACCAGUACACACAAACCAGCAGUACAAAACAGGUCAAAUGACAGCAGAGCCACAGAUUGUCUGUCCCACAAGUUUUGGAUGUUGAAUUUUUAAUACAGCUGAUAAAAUGGGUCGUCGACUUGACAUCCUGUAUUUUGACACAACAUACUAUCCAGUGGCAGCAUUUAGUUGUGCAUUUUUCUUAUAUCUCUACAGAUAUGUAAGUCCAAAGCUAUCUUCAAAGUAUUGUCCCAAGUAUAGUCUUCUUUCUGAUCAAGAGCAGGUAGAUUGGAACAACAGAAUAAAUUCUACAGUUCACUCUGUAGUUGUCAGUUGUAUGUGUGCCUAUACAAUGCUAUAUGAUGACGAAAUUGCAGAAGAUCCUAUUUGGUGGGACUCCCCUUUGGUCAGGACAAGUUGUGCUAUUGUAGCAGGAUAUAUGACCUCAGAUGUGAUAAUAAUGGCCAUCCACUACAAACAAAUCGGAGAAGUAUUUUAUGUUCUACAUCACGGUGCAUCUAUUUAUGCUUACUACUAUGUCAUGACUUAUGGUGUAUUACCUUAUUUUGCAAACUAUCGACUUGUUGCUGAAUUUUCAACACCAUUUGUUAAUCAAAGGUGGUUCCUCUCACAGCUUGGUUAUGAUAAAACAAACUUUAUUUUUGUAUCCAAUGGUGUGGCGAUGGCUGUGACAUUUUUUAUUGUGAGGAUCGCAGUGAUGCCUUCAUACUGGCACCGAGUUUAUUCUGUAUACAAUACUCCUGCAUUUAAUCGACUGGGAUACAUCCAAUUAUGCUUGAUUAUCCCCUGCAUUAUACUAGAUAUUAUCAAUGUUUAUUGGUUUUAUAAAAUUUGUGUUGGUGCAUUUAGAAUCUGCUGUCUGUUUUUUGAAAAAGAAAAAUUGGAGGGCAAAUCAUCAACAGGGUCCAAAUUGUUAAACAAUACUUUUAACACUUUAUUUACAAAAAACAACCACCCAGUAAGUCAUAAGCAUAUUGACUAGAAGGUUUUUCCUUUUUUUUUUAAGAUAGCUGUGAUUUUUUUCAAAACUUCAACAUUUAAAAACAAAAUACUUGAAUCUUAAGCGUGGUUAGCUUUGGUUUAUUGUUAACUGAAUUCCACAUCUGUUUCUUUGUUAGAUAAAGAAUUUGUUGUCCUUUAAGUUUUAAGCUUGCUAACUAUAAUUAUCUUUUGGGGCAUGUAUUUAGUCAAAGCUUAAGAUACUUAUUGCUUUUAUUAUCAUACCAGUUUUUACCAUUUGCUCAAAGUAAAGUUGCAGACAUAUCAUGAUCAGUAAAAUGCAAUCUUUAUAAACAUGGCUCAGCACUUGGACAUUUAUAAAGUGCUUUUGUUUGUUUACCAAGUGCCAGAAAAUUAAAAAAAACCAAACAACUUUGUAGAUUUGUUUUGGAUCAUGGAAAUCGCUUAAUAAAGAAAGUUCAAAUACUACUGAAUUUCUAGUCAUCAAAAUACAUUUUCAUUUCUGCAAUAGACACACAUAGUUGUUAUCAGCCAUUAAAGUUCCUAAUGCUCUAAAAUUCCAUGUAAACUAAUAUUACCUAAAAAAAAAAACCACCUGUUCCUGUAUUUUAUUGCACAGGUAUUUUUUAAAAGGGAUUUAAAGAAUUGCUGCACAUAUUUUAAAUUUUAAUACCAUUGAGAUUAAAUGGUGCAAUUUGCAUGUCAAAUUCAAAUUUGUUUAUAUCAUUCCUAUUUUACAUUAAUUUAGCAAGCUGUACUUAACAUUUGGGAUUCAGAACUUGGGCUAGUCCUUAAAAAAAUGUGUUCAAGCCACAUAAUUUCAAUGCAAUUUUAAGUUUGUCUUUAAACUUUUUUGUAAAAACAGCUAUUCAUUAUAUUACUCUUCAAUAUUUUAUGAACAUGCUGUGCUGUACGCAUAGUUUUCGUGCAAAUGUCACUGUUUUAAUCUAACUUACUAAUAGAUCAAUUUACUUCUUCCUUAUUGGUUGCCUCAGCAUACUGCACAGUGAUGUAACUAAUACACAUUAAAAGGAAGUUGCAAAGUGU